UCCCGAACCCUCUCCACCAUGUCGCUGUCCGUUCGCCCCACCAGGCGCCUCACCUCCAGAUCCAUCACUAGGAGCCAGAGCUUCACUGGAGUCAACACUUACGACAAGGCCUACAGGAACCUCUCAGUGUUCAGCACUCCAGGUCUGAGCAGGAAACCCAGCAGAGCCAGCAGGAUGUUCAACACGUCCAGCAAGUCCAACCCACCACCCAAAGUUCCUCAACCAGAGCGCCUAGACCAGGUCUACGAGGCGCUGAAGAAGGGCCUUCAGUCGUACCUCCAGGUUUAUCAAACAGACCUGGACGGCCUCAGCAGACAGAUGAAAGAAUCCAAGAGGAACUCCAGACUGGGUUUCCUGUAUGAACUGGACAAGCAAGUGAAGGUGACUGAGCGGUACAUUCGACGCCUGGAGUUUCAUCUCAGCAAGAUUGAGGAGCUAUAUGAAGCAUACUGCCUGCAGAGGAGACUCAGGGAUGGAGCCAACAAGAUGGUGAAGGCGUUCACGGCCUCUCCGGUCAGCAAGGAGGCCAAGGAGAGUUUAACAGAAGCCAACAAAGGAUACAAAGAGUACACAGAGAACAUGUGUGUGUUGGAGAAUGAGUUGGAGAACCAGCUGGGGGAGUUUCAUAUUAAGAUGAAAGGUCUGGCUGGAUUUGCAAGACUGUGUGCUGGUGACCAGUAUGAGAUCUUUAUGAGGUACGGUCGGCAGCGGUGGAAGCUCCGGGGCAGAAUAGAAAUCAAUGGCAAGCAGGUGUGGGACAGUGAAGAGAUGGUGUUCAUGCCUCUCAUCAGCGAGUUCCUCUGUGUGAAGGUGACAGAGCUGAAGAGCUUAGCCAAUCACGUGGUAGUAGGAAAUGUUUCCUGUGAGACGAAGGACCUUUUUGCUGCGCUGCCGCAGACUGUUGCUGUGGAUAUAAACGACCUUGGGACUAUCAAGCUGAGCCUGGAAGUCUGCUGGAAUCCAUUUGAUAAAGACGACCAGGGCUCAGUGGCGAGCAGCGUCAACAAAGCUCCAAGCGUCAAUAAGAGAUUCUCAACCAUCUUCAACCAGAGUCCGCCUGACACGCCGUCCUUACGAGAACAAGCCUUCUAUAACAUGCUCCGCCGUCAUGAAGAGUUGGAGAACGGAACAGCCUGGUCAAAUUCAUCGGAGUCCUCUGAUGACUCCUCCAGUCCUCAGCUAACUGUAGGCGGGCUACGCGACAACACACAUCACAAGGGGGUAGUGGUGACACCAGAAGUCCAGCCAGCUGUAACUGGAAGUUCUUACCCACAGCCUGAAAUCUCGUUCUGCCUUCGAGACUCCUCCACCUCAACUCCAAUCUCCACCAACAGAGUUAGUGCAGCCGCCGAGAUCUCCAACAAACACCGCACAGACAGCGACAGGCGAGAAGAGAAGGUGACAGUCACUGUGAGGACAAAACCUACCAGUGAGGAGGGCGAGGCAGGACGACAGUCUCCCAUAGAAACAGAGGAUGGAGUAGCCACAAUAAGCCUCACCUCUCGUAACUACUCGCGCUCUCUGAGCCACAUUAGUGAGAGCAGUGCUGAUGGUAUUGUGUUGACUGACAGGUCAGCAGGGGAAUCAGGGGAGGCGAUGUCUUUGGCCUCUGUGCUCUCUGUCAAUGACAUUGAGAUGGAGAUGAACAGCAGAACUUCAGAGAAGCCCAGCUCUUCUGAAACAUCACCGCAGAGACUUAUUGCUGUCCAUGAAGACAAGUCAGCUGACAAUGUAGCAGAUCAACAUCUGGAAGAUGCAUCCAGCUCUCUCCUAACUCCCUCCUCUUCCAGCUCAGGAGGAGAGGACUCUACCACUCACUCGCAAACAGACACAGACUCACACACAAAGUGCAACACACUGCCGGAGAGCACAGAUGUAACAUAUGUUGCCCAGCGGGUGGCGGUGGAGGAGGAGAUUUCAGGUGCAGGAGAGAGUGAAAGUCCUGUGGACAGCGGGCUGGAGGAGGCUCUGGCAGCUGUAGUUUCCUCUCUGGAUGAUUACAGAGGACAGUUCCCCGAGUUACAAAUACUGGAACAAGAGCUGAAGCUCCUGCAGGUUACACUGAAGGGUGGUAAGCACAGCCGUUCCCCCAGCGUGGUCAGCCUCACGGUGGAAACAGCUCUGGGAAGCUUUGACUUCCUCAACACGUCUGACUGGGAGGAGGAAGAAGAGGAAAAGAGCGACAAGAGGAGUAGGAACGGGAGGUCUCUGCAGGACAGAGGCCGGGACAGUCCCUCCUCCCCUUCCACUCCUCUCACAACAGGCUGCAUGACUCUAGACUGCUCCCUGGUGGUCCAUCUGAAGAACUGCUGCACACAGCUCCUGCGUUUGGGUACGUUUGGUCCUCUGCGAUGUGGAGAAAUGUACGCCUUAGACCGACUGCUGAGAGAGGCUCGAGUCCUUGAAAUCAUCCGACGCGCCACCAAGGACAACCCGCGGGACCUGAGACAGCCGAAUGAAGUGAUACCACAGCUUGACCAGUGUCUGGGCGCUGUGUUACUAUGGCAACAGUGUGUGGGUCAGGGCAGCGUGUACAGGGUCUCUGCGGAGAGCUUCCUCUCUGCGUUGUCCACCCUUUACUCCAACAACCUGCCUCAGAGGGCCAGCAGCAUGGCAGACACAGUGUUCCUGUGUACGGCUGAGCGGGUGCUGGAUCAGAGGUUACCACGGCGAGAAGGCAACAGAGCAAGUGUGACGGUGACACUGUUCCAGCUGUGGAGUUACCUGGAGGCCAACAGCAUCACAGACAUGGAGACACACGUCAAUGAGUUGGCAGAAGAAGUGUGGCUGGUGCAGAGCUUGGCGUCAUGUGAGCCAGAUGUCAUUGUGCACGCUCUGCGGCAACCUGCAUCAUGCAGCCUGAGGAGGGAGGGACUUCACGCUGUGGCCAAGUUACUGAAAGACCCUCGAGGAAAAGUAUCAGCAUCUGCCAGCUCUGUGCUGAGAAGCCUGAAUACACAGCCCAGACAGAGAGAGCAGGCGCUGGUCAUUUGUUUGGAGCUGCUGGAAGACGACAGUGUGCACACCAGAGUCUGUGGAUGUAAAGCCUUAGCAUGUCUCAAGGCCAAAGAAAGCAUCGAUCAGUUAGUGUAUCUGUGUCGGACGGACAAAGAGGAAGUCCGAGAAGCUGCCAAACAGACUCUGCUGGUGCUUGGCGAGGAGGGGAAGAUGGCGCACAGACAUGUGGAGACGUCUCAGGACAGUUUGCCCAGACUCUUCGCCCCAGGAAGCAUGGCCAGCACAGCUUUCUAACACCACACACACACACACACACACACACACACACACACACACACACAUAAUUGCUUGCAAACACUGUGGGAAUAGAACCACUAAGUCUCCAAUACAUUAUGAAUGUUGUGCUUUGACACAUGUUGUGAUAAUAUACACUAUGCUGUUCUUCUACCCCAUUAUCACCACUAAUAGUAUACAUCAAUUCAGAGGGUUUACCUUAAUACUGACAUGACAGACAGAAACUGUACUUUGGGGUACUUCUGAUCUUUUUAAACCUGGGCCUGAGUGAAGAACACAAACAAACUGGCAGAUUGGACGAUUCUUGACCAGAAACUCCAGUGUUCUGUAUGUCAAAAUUUCCAUUUUUGUCACUGGAGUUUGAUCACUGUGAAGUGAGCAAUGUAAGCCAAUAAAAAAAUGAAGAAGCAUCUUCCUUUGUAAGAAAAAAGGAGCAGGUGUAGAGAUAACAUUGCAGACAUUUCAGCCCAUUUUAUAACUGCUGGCUGAAGCAGUCCACCGGAGCAGAACUUUUUUUUUAUACCUGUCAGCAUUUAGAGAACAAAAUAUGUAAACAUAAAAAUAUGUUUAAAUAAAAUAGAAUGGCCAAGGGUUUAAAAAAAUCUUAACUCCUUGUUAACACUGGGCCCUUUUGUUUCCAUCAAUAAGCUAUGAACACAUGUUAUAUAUCAGCCUGUGCUAACAAAUCAGUUGGACUUACAGGGACGAAUGCACACUAGGAGCAGGCUUUAAUGAAAUAAUGUAAAGAGGAAGCUGCAGGAGGAUGAAACAGAUACUGAGGGAUGAAGGGGACAAGGAGGAAAGUGUCCGUGUGGCCCUGAGGCAUUUCAUAAACACAUUACCAGACAGACUGUGCCAUUGCAGUUCUGUCUUUUCUUA